AUGACCAUGCAAAUGAAAUUUGAACUUCAUCAUCUUGCUCCAAUUUAUGAAACUUCCCUAAAUGAUGAUCAAGACAUCACCAACUUCAUGAAUGAUGCUCUUGAUCAUCAUCAUUGUGAUGACAUAGUCAGCCAUGAGAAUAUUCCAUUUCAUGUAGUUGGAAGAGGUGUGCCUAAGACCAACGACUCCACUAAGAAGAAAGUUAGUUGGUUGCGCUCUCAAAUUAUUGGCGCCACGGCCGAAUUCAAAACUCCCUUUGGUCGGCGCCACCUCACUUACGCCGAUCACACUGCUUCCGGUCGCCCCCUCCACUACAUUGAGAACUAUGUUACAACCAAAUUACUUCCCUUCUAUGGCAACACUCACACGAGCGACAGCUAUGUCGGAUACCACACCACAAAGAUGGUGCUCAACGCGAAAAGCUACGUGAAGAGAUGCUUAGGAGGCGGAGAAGAAGACGCCAUAAUAUUCUGUGGGUCGGGCUCCACGGCUGCGAUCAAACGCCUCCAAGAAGUUAUGGGAAUCGCCGUUCCUUCCAUUCUAAGGGAGAGCGUUUUGAAAUGCUUAAGCGACAAAGAGAGAUGGGUGGUCUUCGUGGGGCCCUAUGAGCACCACUCCAACCUUCUCUCCUGGCGGCAAAGCCUCGCCGAGGUGGUAGAGAUCGCCCUCGACCGCCACGGACACAUCGACAUGGAGGCUCUGGCCAACAACCUUAGUCUCUACAAGAAUCAAAAUCGCCAAAUGCUCGGCUCUUUUUCGGCUUGUAGCAAUGUCACAGGAAUCGUUACCGACACCCGCGCCAUCGCCUGCCUCCUCCACCAAUACGGAGCGUUCGCGUGUUUCGACUUUGCUGCCAGUGGACCGUAUACAAAGAUUGAUAUGAGAUCGAGCAAAACAGAUGGAUACGAUGCAAUAUUCUUGAGCCCACAUAAGUUUUUGGGAGGUCCAGGUACACCGGGAAUACUAUUGAUGAGCAAGAUUCUUUACCGUCUUGGUUCAUCACCUCCAUCUACUUGUGGAGGUGGAACUGUUGAUUUUGUCAAUAAUUUGAGUGAACAGGACACCCUAUACCUAGACGAUAUAGAAGAAAGAGAAGACGCUGGAACUCCACAAAACAUCCAAAAAGUAAGAGCUGGCUUAGCUUUUUGGAUCAAAGAAUUCAUUGGUUAUAAAGCCAUAGAGAUGUUAGAGAAGACACACAUUGAGAAAGCAGUGCAACGAUUGAUUCGCAAUCCCAACAUUGUGAUAUUAGGCAACACUCAUGUGAAGAGACAAGCCAUCUUAUCUUUCCUCAUACAUUCUUCAUCCCCAAGCAAGAGCAGAGGCAAGCCUCUCAAUGGCUCUUUCGUCGCGAAGCUUCUUAAUGACCUCUUCGGCAUUCAAGCCCGCGGAGGCUGCACCUGUGCCGGCUCCUACGCCCACACUUUACUCAAUCUUGAAGAGCACCACUCGCUUGCCAUGAGAUCCUUCAUCAAAGAGGGAUAUGUUGGAAUAAAGCCCGGAUGGACAAGAGUGAGCUUCCCAUAUUACAUGUCGGAGGAAGAAGUGGACUUCAUUCUAGGAGCCAUCGAAUUCAUAGCAAUGUACGGCCAGAGAUUCCUGUCGUGUUACCAUAUCAACUGGACAAAGGGGACUUGGACUUUCAAGAAAAAUUCACACAAAGAUCAAUAUAGCUCAUCUUUAGCCAGAAUGAUCAUGGCAUUAAACACGGAACACAAUGUGAAACAAGAUGUGGCCUUGAGAUACAAGAACUACAUGGAAACCGCAAAGAAAGUGGCCUCCCUUCUACCCAAAUUUCCACCCCACAGAGAAACUCCACAAGAGAUAGAUAUGAAUCUUGUGCCUUUUAGAGUUUAGAUAAGUACUGAAAUAUCCAUGGUUAGAACUUAGGUAU